GUAGAUCGUUCCCAGAAGUUGAUUACGAAACGUCUUGAGUUUUUCCAUACUGAGGAAAAUUUACUAACGAAAAAGCGACUAUACUGCCUACAAAUUGUUAUUUUUGAGAAAAGGAAUUUGUGUUUACGAAUCAAAUAAGAAAAUGAAAGCUAAAAUUUGUCAACCUCGUACUGCUGGAGCUAUGAGAGAAGGUGGUGUGAAGAAAUCACAUGCUACACACGUAAUCGAUGGUGAAAUGGCCUCUUACUUUGCCAAAUUACGAGAUCUCGUACCUACAAUACCUAACGACAAGAAGGUCAGCAAAGUACAACUCCUACAACACGUUAUUGACUAUAUUUUCGAUCUGGAAAUGACGCUCGAACUCGACUGUUCACCCUGCCUGCCUACUGAAGGACGAACGCCUUUAGGCGAAAACCCAAUGAAUUUACCAUUUCACCGGUUAACGACAACCGACAUUCAACCAUUUUAAUCAUUAUAUAUAGAGAAACGCUGGUACUAAUCAGCGUUUUUCUGGAUAUCUCAACCGUCCUUUAAUUGGUAAGUUGAAUUUUCCUAUUUAUAUUUAUACAUAAGUUUGUUUAGCAAGUAAAUGAAUAUAUUUAUAUCGACGCGACGUCACAUUGUGCAGUCAGCUAGGCAACGAAAGUCUAUGCAGCGUUAGUAAUGACCGCCGUCACCAUAGCGACGGGCGUCAAUAAAACAAUUGCUUAGCGCAUACAAGUUGGUUCUAGUCCCCGGAGAAAUCUUCUAGGCGACUAGAUAUGCGCCAAGCGAGAUUCUUCUUUGAUUGCGUCGUCUCGCGUGACUGUAAUACGCUGUAAGACGGCGCUCUUGUAGCAAAAAAGUAAAGAAGGAAAAAAAUUCGAUUACGAGUGACGACGUCAGGUUCGGCCGCGACGACCUGAUUAGAUUUGCAUUUUUUUGCACCGGGGGCUAACGCUUGCCCGUUUCACUCAUAAAAAAUCCGGUCUUAAGCACCCGUCUCAGAAAACUCCCUACUAGGGCUUUUUAUUUCCUUUUUGUUAGAAGACGUCUCGUUCCCGCACCUGUUUUAUUGAUUCGAUUAUUUAUUCUUUUGCAGCGAGCUGGUUUCGCUCUCACGGUCGUCAAUGUCGAGAAAUCCAGCCGGAUCUGGAAAACAGGCGAGUGCAAUAUAUAUGAAGUGAUCUGGAAAAAGAGAGACGUCUACCGGUUUACUUAGUACAAGAAAAAUUAUUGUAAUAUAGUUUGUUUUCAUUCUUUUAAGACAAAAUAAUAGUUUGUUUAAGAAUUAUUCAAGUGUAAAAACUAAAUUGCUUUUACGAAUAGUUGAAUACAAAAAAAUGACAUCAA